UCUCAUAGCACGCGUGUCAACAGCGUUAACUCUGGCAUCAACCUCGACGACGCUGAACUUCUACUCCAUUUCACGCAGCACACAGCGGAAUCAAUAAACGGCUACGAUGCGGCGACAGAUCGCCUGUUCGGCUUCUGGUCAUACAAUGUUCCUCGGAUCGGACUCGGGCAUCCUUUCGUCAUGGACAUGGUCUACGCGCUGUCGGCCUAUCACAAGGCAUACUUGACUGCUCCAGAUCAUCUCGCUCAAAGAGAAAGAUUCAAAACUCUAGCCAAGCAUCACGUAGCCCUAGGCCUGCCACAACUCACAAGUGCUUUAGCUCAUAUUGACAGCGUCAAUUGCGGAGCAGCCUAUAUCGCCGCCACAUUAGUAUGUUACUCGACCUUUGCAUCUGGCCCUACCAGCCCCGGCGAUCUUCUCUCGUGUAAUUUAGAUGUAGAGCAAGGCGUGCUGUGGGUCCCGAUGGUUCACGGUGUGCGAUUAAUUCGAGCCAAGUUCGACCAAGACGAGCUCUUCACAGAGCUGAUGGAACCCAUGCAUGCGCGAAACUUCGAGUCAUCGCCGCCGCGAUACACCCGAGAGGGUCUCAAGAGGCUGGACUGGGAAAAGGCGCUGGGGGCACUUCGGGACAUGGUGACACGCCAAAAAUCGGACGAUGCAGCGGCUUGUUUAAGCGAACUCGACAGUCUGAUAUCUAUAUAUGAAGCUACGUUUGGUCCAGAUCAAGACGGAAGCUACCAUGGCCCAUCGGAGAGCCAGUUCGUUUUUGGAUGGCUUUACAGGCUUGGACGGCCAUUCGUUAGCCGCUUGCAGCAGAAGGACUCAACGGCACUUAUUAUAUUAUCGUACUUUGCAGUUCUUCUCAAGACUAUGGAAUAUCUGUGGUAUAUGAAGGGUUGGGCGGAUCAUCUCGUUGCCAUGGUCAAAGGACUCGUGCCUGAAGACGAUUCGGUUUGGUUACAGUGGCCAUGUGCGGCUCUGAGUUAUUACGACGGUUGUGAGAAGGGACAUGAAUGAAAAUCGACAAUCUUGGAAUGUCGAGUAGCCCCAUAAUUGCCAUAACAAGAUUCAUUAUGGCGAAACAGCGAAACUUACUAGUCUAUUCGCUCAAAGAUUUCUGAGAGUAUAGAGGAGAGUGCAUAACAGGAAAUACAUGCAGUAGUAUGUAGCACGAAUCCGACAACAAAGGUAUGUCAUGAUCAUAAUGUACUGGAUUCACGACUUCCUCUAAGAGUAAGUAAAUGUGGGCAGUGUUAAGCGAUAGACCCUUUAUAAGCGCAAUUUAGGGUAUACCAAUUUUAUCGUGCAAUUCGCGGACCCAUAGCUCAGCGGUAGAGCAUCUGAUUCCAGUUAUUCAAAAUUGGGUUCUGUAUCCAGAAGGUCAUCCGUUCAAAUCGGGUUGGGUUCAAUUCCU